UCCUUCCCAGUAGUGAUGAACAGUAAUAUCUUGUAUAAUGGUGCUUUCUGUGCAGGAGAAUCUGAGUGCCCUCCAAAAUAUAUUCAUGCAACAUCACUCAAAUAUAACUCACUCAGGGUUGGAGAGGAUGACAGCCAGAUGGACAAAUGGCACCAAUGGUUGAGAGAGGAGAUGCGUGAUAAAAUGAGGAAGUGGAGGGAAGAAAACCAUCGGAACAGCGAGCAGAUAGUGGAAGUUGGAGAAGAGUUAAUUAAUGAAUAUGCAUCUAAGCUUGGGGAUGACAUAUGGAUAAUAUAUGAACAGGUGAUGAUUGCUGCCCUGGACUGCAGUCGGGAUGACUUGGCAUUGUUUUGUCUUCAGGAGCUAAGGCGACAGUUCCCUGGGAGCCACAGGGUUAAGCGAUUAACUGGCAUGAGAUUUGAAUACAUGGAAAGGUACGAUGAUGCCCUGCAGCUAUAUGACAGAAUUUUACAAGAAGAUUCAACCAAUACAGCAACAAGAAAGCGUAAGAUUGCCAUUCGAAAAGCCCAGGGGAAAAAUGUUGAGGCCAUCCGAGAGCUGAAUGAGUAUUUGGAACAAUUUGUUGGGGACCAAGAAGCUUGGCAUGAACUUGCAGAACUUUACAUCAAUGAGCAUGACUAUGCAAAGGCGGCCUUCUGUUUGGAGGAGCUUAUGAUGACUAAUCCACACAACCACUUAUAUUGUCAGCAAUUUGCUGAAGUUAAAUAUACCCAAGGUGGGCUUGAAAACCUUGAAUUAUCAAGAAAAUAUUUUGCACAAGCAUUGAAACUGAACAACAGAAACAUGAGAGCUUUGUUUGGACUAUACAUGUCUGCCAGCCAUAUUGCUUCCAAUCCUAAAGCAAGUGCAAAAAUGAAAAAGGACAAUAUGAAGUAUGCCAGUUGGGCAGCUAACCAAAUCAAUAGAGCUUACCAGUUUGCAGGUCGCAGUAAGAAAGAGACUAAGUACUCUCUGAAGGCAGUGGAAGACAUGUUGGAAGCCCUGCAAAUCACUCAAUCUUAGACUGUCACAAAGAGAUCUAAUGUGAGAUUUUACAACUCCAUGUUCAACCUUUAAUGAUCUAUGACUUAUGUUACUUUAAAUGCCCAAUUCCAUUGUAGGUUAAUGUGCUAUCUUAAAGGAUUGUUUUUAUGAACAUUUAAAAUGUCUAUUUAUUGCUGCUGUGAAGAAGACACAAUGAAAACUCACUAAAAUGUAUAACUUACCCCAGGAAGAUAACAUAAAGAAAUUAAAUGUAUUGCACAUCAGUCUCUUUAGAUUCUGUAUGUACAGUGACUGCUUUUUAAGCCAUAACCUGAUGUAGAAAUAAACUUGUUAAAUGAUCAAGUACAGUUAUGUAUUGGACCUGCAGACUUAUACAUAUAGAUGAAUACCAUAUGUUAGAUAAUUUUAUCUUAAUUGAAUACUUGAGUUAAAAUGUGGUAAAAGGUAAACGGUUACUGAGCAGUAUUCAUUAUACAAACAUGAAUCAUUACUCUACCUGAGCACAGUUUAUUCAAGAAUAAAUUUGAUAUUAAAGUUUU